AUGACGUGGAUGCCUGGGAACCGGGUCAACGCAGCGCUGGGCGAGGGAGCCCAGGUACUGCCUGCAGCCUCCCUGAGCCUCCAAAUGCCUGGCAAAGGCAAGACUUUCCUGCACAAUUUAAAAGGCACUGACCAGGCCAGGCUGGCCCCGAGCGGCCGCCGCGCGGGUGUGGACAAGGUCGCUGCUCUCGGGCGCCGCCGCCCGGGGCCCCGCGGGGCCAGUGCCUUUGAGGAUGAGACCAUGAAGCUCCGGCAGCUGAAACUGGAUAAUAAGAGAGCGCUGCUGGAGAAGAAGCAGGGGAAGAAGCGCCCAGAGCCGCUCACGGUGCAGCCGAACCCAGAAGCCCGGCCACGUCGGUCAAAGCCGAGGGGAAGCAAGGAGCACGCUCCGCUGGCAGAACCUCAGGCCCCGCACAGCAGUGUCACCCUGCACGGCAUUGAUGGUCUCCCUGCCUUCCUGAAGCCAGGUGCUCAAGACUGGAAGGUGGAAACCAGACUUCACGUUCUCUCAGUCGGAUCUCCUGCCACGGAGGAGGAUACUGGAGGAAGUGCUGAUGGAGAUAGCACUUGGGACCCUGCUUCCAAGCCAGAUCUUCAGGAGAUUCUCCAGAAACACGGUAUCUCAGGGAGUUUGAACUUUGAUGAGGAGGAGACUGAUGGGGAGGAAGGAGAAGGGAAAAAACUAAGACCUCCUUCGUCGUAUUCAGAGGCAGAGAGACCCAGUUCUGCAUCCAGCCAGAAGCCAACCGCAGAUACAGGAGCUUCUGGAACUGCAGCCCAGCACACCGAUAACCAGCUGGGAGAAACAGAGAAUUUAGAGGGCUCCGCAUACAGUCCUGCCCCUCGAGGUGUCACGGUGAAGUGUCGGAUAACUCGGGAUAAAGAAGGAAUGGAUCGGGGGCUUUUGCCCACCUACUAUAUGCACUUGGAAAAGGACGAAAAUCAAGGUAGAAAGCGGAAAAAGAGCAAAACAUCCAACUACCCUAUCUCCACUGAUACAACAGAUUUAUCUCGUGAAGGGGAAAGUUAUAUUGGCAAACUCAGGUCCAACCUCACGGGGACCAAGUUUACAGUUUAUGACCGUGGUGUCAGCCCGGCCAAGGCCCAGGGUCUGGUAGAAAAGGCCUGCGUGCGGCAGGAGCUGGCCGCCGCCUGCUACGUGAGUGCCGCCUCCCGUUUCCUCAGCCUCCUGGCGUCCCAGCCCUGGGCUUGCAGUCCCCCUCCCAAGCUUGCUUCUGCCUUCCUUACCCCUUACCCGCUGGCUCGCAGUUACCGUAAAUCGGAAGCCGGUCUCUGCUUUUCGCCCUCUCGACCUGGUUCAUCCUGUGCAGCUGCUGCCGAGCAGUCCAGCUCCAGCGGACGCUGCUCUUCUCCCGCUCCACAUGCCCUCAGGCUGCCCCUGGAGUCCCGAAUCAAGCCCGGACACUGGCCCUUUCCCUUCCGGCUCCCCGGCUGGCACGCUCCCUGCGCGUUCCCGUCAUUCUAG